AUGAAAGUGGUGUGCAAUAAAAAUAAUCCGCCUUUAGGUGGUCUGCUGGCAGUAGAACUCUACAGAUCCUCUGCAGGAAACGUAGAGAUCGUUUGGGGUUCAGAAUCUACAAUAACACUUCCUAACUCUUCUAAAGUAGUGCCAUAUGGAACUAGUAAUGAUUUAAUAAGAAUUGUGGAGAAUACCUUUAACAAAGCAGUUGGGCCCUUGCAGAGGGUUACAAUGAACCACUGGCUGUCCUUCAGCUUAGUACUCGAGGAAGAAAUCCCAAAAUCUUUGGAGUACCUGAACAAAACUCUAGGCCCGCUAACUUACUUAGUUGGAGAAUCGCUGACAGUGUCUGACUUGGCUGUCUUUAGUAUUAUUUAUGCAUCUAAUAAGUUUAAGGAAGUCUCAAAAUCAAAUACUUUUAACAACAUUUCAAGAUGGAUGAAACUUGUUGAAUCCCAGGCAUCUGUUCGAAAAGCAUUAAAGGAGGUACCCAAAGAUGUUAUGGAAAAUAUUUCUAAGGCCGUCACAAGGAGAUCUCCUCCAGCAAACAAAGAAACCACAUCUGGUAGACAGCAAGAAGGAAAAUUUGUUGAAUUGCCUCAUGCUGAAAUGGGCAAAGUUGUGGUUCGGUUUCCCCCCGAGGCAUCCGGAUAUCUUCAUAUAGGACAUGCAAAAGCAGCUCUUUUAAAUCAAUACUACCAGCAGGCAUUUGAAGGAAAGCUCGUUAUGAGGUUUGAUGACACCAAUCCUGCAAAGGAGAAUGCUGAUUUUGAAAAGGUUAUCCUUGAAGAUGUCAAAAUGUUGGAGAUAAAACCUGACAUUUUCACCCAUACAUCUCAGUACUUUGAUUUGAUGUUGGAAUACUGUGAAAAGUUGAUUAAGGAAGGGAAAGCUUUUGUUGAUGACACUCCCGCCGAACAGAUGAAGAAUGAGAGGGAGCAGAAGAUUGACAGCAAAAAUAGGAACAAUUCUGUGGAGAAAAAUUUGAAACUAUGGGAAGAAAUGAAGAAAGGCAGCGAUGUUGGCAUACAAAACUGUGUGCGAGCAAAGAUUGAUAUGCAAUCUCCAAAUGGUUGCAUGAGAGAUCCAACUAUUUACAGAUGCAAGCCCGAACCGCAUCCUAGAACUGGAACUCAGUAUAAAGUAUAUCCAACAUAUGACUUUGCGUGUCCCAUAGUCGAUGCUGUUGAAGAUGUAACCCACGUUCUUCGUACAAUGGAAUAUCACGACAGAGACCCACAGUUCUACUGGUUCAUAGAUGCUCUAGGGCUUCGCAAACCCUAUAUUUGGGAGUACAGCAGACUGAGCAUGACCAAUACUGUGCUGUCAAAGAGAAAACUGACAUGGUUCGUCGAGCAAGGACUUGUUGAUGGAUGGGAUGACCCAAGAAUGCCAACAGUACGUGGAGUGUUACGACGUGGUAUGACUGUGGAAGGGUUGAGACAAUUCAUCCAGGCUCAGGGAUCUUCCCGAUCUGUUGUAUUUAUGGAGUGGGACAAGAUAUGGGCUAUUAAUAAGAAGGUGAUCGAUCCGAUUGCUCCACGCUACACGGCUCUGGAAUCAAACCCGGUACCGGUGAAUCUGAAAGGAGUCACAUCGGACUCUACUUUGAACGUCGCCCUUCACCCUAAGAAUCCGGACGUCGGGUCUAAGACGGUCUGGGUGUCUCCCAGACUCCUAAUCGACCAGGUAGACGCUCAGGCCUUGAAGGAGGGGGAGAAUACCACGUUUAUCAACUACGGGAAUGUGAUGAUUGAUAAGAUUCAUCGCGACUCAGCCGGCAAAGUGACAAGCGUAGAUGGAACUCCAAACCUCGAGAACAAAGACUAUAAGAAGACUUUAAAGAUAACUUGGCUCGCCGAUUCGACCAAGUCACCUCGCGUGGAAGUGUACUGUGUGUAUUUCGACCAUAUCAUAUCGAAGCCAUUGCUGGGUAAAGAUGAGGACUUCAAACAGUAUAUUGGGCAUCAAACGAGGUGGGAGGUGCCAAUGUUGGGAGAGCCCGAGUUGGCCAAAUUGAAAGUGGGAGAUAUAAUACAACUGCAGCGCCGCGGCUUCUUCCGUGUCGAUGUUGCUCCUGCGCCCCCCUCUCCGCACACUUGCCGCUCUACCCCCCUCAUUCUGUUCCACGUGCCUGAUGGACACACAAAGGAGAUGCCGGGACAGCCAAAGUCCGCCCAGACGACUCAAGCGAAGCAGUCGGCACCUCCAGCGACUGACGCGGCGAAGUUGAACGAAGAUAUUACCCAACAAGGGGACCUAGUGCGAUCUCUGAAGAGCGCUAAGGCAGAGAAAGCUAAAGUCGACGAGGCUGUAAAAGUUUUGUUGGAGCUCAAAGCCAAAUACAAGGCGGCUACUGGUCAGGAUUGGAAACCAGGAGCAACUACGGCUCCAGCCAAAACUCCCGCAGCGUCUGGUGAUACGAAUUCAUUAAACCUGGAGAUAGUCAAGCAGGGUGACCUGGUGCGGUCGCUGAAGACGGAAAAAGCAGACAAGGCAAAAGUCACCGAGGCGGUAGCUGCUCUUUUAGACUUGAAGGCAAAAUAUAAGGCGGCUACUGGACAGGAGUGGAAGCCCAGUGCGUCUCCGCCAACACCAAGUCCUAGUGCUGCUAAGCCUACUCCAUCAGGGGACGCAGGUAGCAUUAACGAAGAGAUAACUAAGCAGGGUGAUUUAGUUCGCUCUCUGAAGUCCGCGAAGGCUGAAAAAGCGAAGGUCGACGAGGCCGUAAAGGUUCUUCUCGAGUUCAAAGCCAAGUAUAAGGCCGCUACAGGACAGGAGUGGAAGCCCAGUGCGUCUCCGCCAACACCAAGUCCUAGUGCUGCUAAGCCUACUCCAUCAGGGGAUGCAGGUAGCAUUAACGAAGAGAUAACUAAGCAGGGUGAUUUAGUUCGCUCUCUGAAGUCCGCGAAGGCUGAAAAAGCGAAGGUCGACGAGGCCGUAAAGGUUCUUCUCGAGCUCAAAGCCAAGUAUAAGGCCGCUACAGGACAGGAUUGGAAACCGGGUGCAACUCCAGCUCCGUCCAAGCAACCAGCAGCCACAAACGACACUAACGUGGCUGAAAUUUUAUCCAAAAUAACCUCACAAGGCGAUAAGGUUCGCAAGUUGAAGACAGAGAAAGCAGAUAAGAGCGCAAUAGAUGUUGAGGUGAAAAACCUUCUAAAUCUCAAGGCCCAGUAUAAAUCAGUGACGGGAAAAGAUUGGACACCGAAUGCAACUGCCCAAGCCCCAGCCAAAACUGAAGAUAAACAGGCUUCCACAAUGAACGGUGCAAAUGGUGAAGCGUUAGCUGCUGAAGUGACAAAACAGGGUGAAGUCGUCCGUGAUCUUAAAGCAAAGAAGGCUGACAAAGCAAGAAUAGAUGCGGAAGUUAAGAAGCUUCUAGAACUGAAGGCUAAAUAUCAGCAAGAGACCGGUACAGCAUACGCAGCUGCGCCGCCAAGAGACAGUAAACCCAAAGAGAAGGAGGCUAAGAAGGAGAAGAAACCGAAAGAGAAGGAGGCUAAAAAAGAGAAACCUAAAGAGCAAACUCCAAAGCCGAGUAAGGAGGAGUCGAGCAGCGGUGUGAAGAAGAUUACCCGCCUCGGCUUAGAAGCGUCGAAGGAUACUGAUUUGUCAGAAUGGUACCAACAAGUCAUUACUAAGGCUGAAAUGAUCGAUUACUACGACAUAUCCGGUUGCUACAUCCUGCGACCUUGGGCGUUUAGUAUUUGGGAGAUAAUCCGCGCCUUCUUCAGCUCGCACAUCAAGCAAAUGGGCGUCAAAGACGUGUACUUCCCCAUUUUCGUUUCCAAGGCGGCGUUAGAAAGAGAAAAGACACAUAUAGCUGACUUCGCACCGGAAGUGGCGUGGGUUACCCAAUCUGGUUCUAGCGAGCUGGCUGAGCACAUAGCUAUACGGCCUACUUCCGAAACCGUCAUGUAUCCAGCUUACGCUAAGUGGAUACAGAGUCAUAGAGAUUUACCUCUUAAACUCAACCAAUGGAAUAACGUUGUGCGAUGGGAGUUCAAACAACCACAGCCGUUCCUGCGCACGCGUGAGUUCUUGUGGCAAGAAGGGCACACCGCGUUCCGCACAAAGGCUGAGGCGGACGAAGAAGUAUUGCAAAUAUUAGAUUUGUACGCCCGCGUCUACGAAGAGUAUCUGGCGAUACCAGUGAUAAGAGGACGUAAGACGGAAAAGGAAAAGUUUGCUGGCGGUGAUUACACAACGACUGUGGAAGCCUACAUCGGCGCUAGUGGUAGAGCUAUACAGGGAGCAACAAGCCACCACCUGGGCCAAAACUUUUCGCGAAUGUUCGACAUCGUUUACGAUGACCCGGACACGCAGGAGAAAAUGUUCGUUUACCAGAAUUCGUGGGGAAUCACCACUAGAACUAUCGGUGUAAUGGUACUGGUACAUGGUGACGAUCGCGGUUUGGUGCUACCACCAAGAGUAGCUGAUAUUCAAGCAAUAGUGGUGCCAUGUGGAAUCACCGCAUCCAGUACUGCUGAAGAAAGGAAAGGCCUCAUGGACUCCUGUCAGCAGCUGGUUGAAGAGUUGAAGGCGGCUGGCAUCAGGGCAGAGGGAGAUUACAGGGAGAACUACUCGCCGGGUUGGAAGUUCAACCAUUGGGAGUUAAAGGGUGUACCAAUUCGCGUGGAGCUAGGACCUAAGGACAUAGCAAAAGGUGAAAUAGUCGCCGUGAUCAGGUUGACUGGAGAAAAGCGAACGCUUAAACGGGAUACUGCGCCCGCGCAGAUUAGCGACAGUCUGCUUAAAAUACAUGAUGAUAUGUUGAGCAAGGCUACUAAGGAGAGAGAUGAGAAAUUAUCCUUUGUCACAAAAUGGGAUGAUCUAACAAAUGCCCUGGAGCGGAAGCAUAUUAUCAUGGCCCCAUUCUGUGGAGAGAUAUCAUGCGAAGACAACAUUAAAAAUGAUAGUGCAAGAAAUGAAGAUGAUCAAACUACAGAGGUUAAAGCUCCAUCAAUGGGUGCAAAAUCCCUUUGCAUACCUUUCAAACAACCUCGUGAGGUGACAGACAAGGACACAUGUAUACAUCCGGCAUGCAAAAAUAAGCCUAAAUUCAUCACUCUCUUUGGAAGAAGUUAUUAA